GCUGUGUAGCAGCCACUCUAGCUGUACAUGUUAGUUAGGUGCAGUUGAAAUUGGCUGAGAGAGUCAGACACAGAACUGAACAUUGGCGUUGAUUUCGACUGUAACCAAUUUUAGUUUUUUUGUUUAUUUUAUCCUUUACUUUUAGGGCAUCGAUAUCGUGGUGUGUCUUUAUUUUAUUUUGUAUUUUUCACCACAAAAGUCAACAGGAUGGAACUUAAUUCUCUUUUAAUUCUCCUUGAGGCUGCAGAAUACUUGGAAAGAAGAGACAGAGAGGCAGAACAUGGUUACGCUUCUGUUUUACCGUACAAUAGCGACUUUUCCAGAAAGAAAACGAAAGCAUCACCAAUUUCAAGAAAAACUCAGAACAAUAGGUCGUCGCACAAUGAACUGGAGAAACAUAGACGUGCCAAACUGCGUCUGUACUUGGAGCAGCUGAAGCAGCUUGUGCCUUUGGGUCCAGACAGCACCAGACACACCACACUGAGCCUGCUCAAACGGGCCAAGAUGCACAUCAAGAAGCUGGAAGAGCAGGACAGGAAGGCCCUGAAUGUGAAGGAGCAGCUGCAGAGAGAGCACCGCUACCUCAAACGGCGUCUGGAACAGCUGUCUGUGCACGGCGUCGAGCGCAUCCGCACCGACAGCAUGGGCUCCACCAUCUCCACCGACUCUGAGCAAGAUGUGGACAUCGAGGGCAUGGAGUUCACCCCCGGCGAGGGUGACAGUGUGGACAGUGUGAGCGACGUGGAGGACCACUACAGCCUGCAGAGCAGCUCCAGUGACGGCAGCUACAUACAUUCCCACAGACACCAGCCUCACGUCUGCUAGGCCCCUCCACCGCUGCCGCCGCCGCCGCCUCCAUCCACACGGCCACCAGCGGCCGGGCCUGGGCCCCAGCUUCAGGAAAGCAGCCUUUCUGCCCGCCCCGCCCCACUCCACCCCUCCCGACCACAAGCCCAGUCCCCCCGCGCCUGCAGCUCCGCUCCGAUCCAUCACAACCCCCCCCCCCCUCCAUCCCCCUCUUCCUCUCCCUGUCCAGCCCACUACCUAUUGUUGCCACAGGCGCAGAUAGAGAAAGCAGUUUGUGGUUUUUGGUGGAGAUAUUGGUGGCUUUAUGGCUUGGUACAACUUUGACUUGUCAACGAAUUGACUGACUGUGUGUGUGUUUGUGUGUGUGUUGAGAGAAAUGACAAGAGACCAAGUGAGAAAAAUACUUCCUAAUUUAGAUGGGCAUCAGUCGAAUAGGAGCGGUCUAAAACUUGAUCUUAACAUGAAGCACUCUGUCGCAUCACACUGGCAGAUUCCGCUGAAAGGGGAUGUGUGGGAAAGACAAAAUGAUAAGCACUUCCUGUAGUCUUCAGUGUAAUAAUGCUACACACAUGACCUCAGUACCUUAUUAGCGUGUACCAGCCCAAUGAAACCUCAAACCUGAGUGUUUUUUAAACCCAUUCCUCCUAAUGGGUUUUGUCUGUCUCUGAAUCCCUGCAUUGCUGUCCACUCCGUGGUGCACUACUACUGCAAGGAUGUCCCACACUGUUCUCAGAACAGGCGUGAUGCCUCUAGCCUUACAAAAUGUCUUGACUUCACUUUCCAACAACUGAGCUAGGUGCAGACCCUGAGGUGCAAAUCUCCAGAACUCUUCCAUGACUUUGUUUUAUGAAAAUGACUUGCUCAGUAGCGCAGUGAUGUAGCAAUAAAGCAGAAAGCUGCGUGCUUUCUCCAAACUUUGAGUUGGUUCUGGAGAUGAGUGAGACACUAACAGAAGAGACGCAUUCACUAAGUCACCCAGCUCUCUUCUCUCCUCCUCCUCGGCCUGUUCUUCUGAUGCUGCCCACGCUCAAACCACAGGGUGCUUCGACCGAAAGCACUGCACUCCCUAUCAGGUCUCUCACCUCUGUGUGUGUGUUGUGUGUGUGUGCUUGUGGGUAUGAUCAUAUGUGUUUUCGGUCAGCAUGGAGUUGACAAGUCAAAGCUGUCCUGAGAAAAAAGAAUACAAAAAAAUGGAGGAGAAAAAGCCAGCUUUUACGACGAUCGCUCUCUGUGGGGGAGUGAGUACUAUCCAUGAAAUGUACACUGUUUUACUAACUUGACUCUGAGUAACCCUUCUCAACCUUUCUCUGUCAAAUAAUGACUCGACUUUCAGGAGCUUUUUGGGCAUUGCAAAAGCAGAUUGGUAAAUGGAGGGUACAGUAUGUGAGAAACCUGUAGGAGUGGGUGAGGAGCCUGUCUGUGGUGUGCGGCCACUCACUCACUCACGCCCACUCGCCUGGCGACAGCAGAGGCACUUACAGCUGCUCCUUUCUCCUCUCCGUCGGCUGACAGUCGUAGAGCUUGGAAUCCAACACUUCAAAACAGGACCAGUCCAUCCCGGCAGGUCUGACCAAAAAAAGAUGAAAAGUAAAAAAAAAACAAAAAACACCUGCAUUAAAAAGUAAAACAAACUAGCUAUCGAUCACUAAAAGUGAUUUAGAGCGUGUAGUCUAUAUUUCCUGUAUUAAAUUUUGUAUUAUAUUUUCCUAAAUGUUCCUAUAGAAAAGACAAAAAAGAAGAGUAUAUCUAUAGAUAUGAGAGAUGAGAGACAGGAGGCCAGGCUUGUCCAUGGGAGAGCUGGCGACUGGAGUAUAUCUAUAUAUAUGAGAGAUGAGAGACAGGAGGCCAGGCUUGUCCAGGGGAGAGCUGGCGACUGCUGGUCUCCCCGGCUCUCCCGCUGUCAUUCUGUGCCUUUGGUGAGCCCCGUCCCUUCCCACCCUCGCAUCCCUUCUUUCCCUCCCUCCAUCCCUCCCUCCAUCCCUCCAUCCAGCCCUACUCAGGUCUUCGCCCUGUCGGACACUCCCACUGCCCCCUGAAACUAGUCCAUCCCCAGGCCUCUGGGGUGCAGUGGAACAGGCCUGUCGUAAUGCCUUGCCAAACAGUGCUGAGUGAUGGGUACGUGGGUACAUGAAGAACCAACAAAGAAUUUCCCAUCAUUCCUGUGCCUCCAUGCAACUGCCCCAGGUCCAUCCCAGCCCCCGGCCUGCCACCCAGAACACACAGUUGGCAGCUGUCAGUAUCCCUGCCCUCCAUUUUGGGAUGACAACCCCGCUGCCCCUUCCCCUGCGUAGCGUUGGACGCCGGACACUCUCUCUUUAUCCCCCGCCCGCCUCACACUUUGUGCUUCUUGUUAUUUGCAACAUUGCUUUGUUUGUCUCAUUUCUUUCUUUUCAUAUUUGAAAAAAAAACAAAAAAAAACAAUGACGUGGAGUACACUGGGAGAAGAGCAACAAAAUCUAAUCAAUAAUGGCAGCUUGAGGUGUUCUCCUGCCUUCUCCUGGUGGCCAUCCCGGCCAUAGUGUUAAUGUGUGCCCCAUGGGAUCGUGGGUACUGAUCCUCUCAGUUACAAGGCGCAAUACAGCAAUAUGACCAUCUUGUGCUUUCUGUUCGAGGUAAGAGGGGGGUGUGGGGUGACAAGGGGGAUUGCUUCAACUCUGUGGUGCAUUUUGUGACCAACUCUUUUGACAUUUCUUUUUCAUAUUGAUUUGUUUUACCUCUCCACUCUCAUACACUGAGGUAGAGAGCAAAGAGUGUUUUGUUCUUUUUGAAAAAGCUAAAAAAUGUAUGAAGAGUUUACAUUCAUGUUGAGGAAAUACAUGACUGUUAGUAGCAAAAAUGUAUUUUUUUUUCUUUCAGUUUGUUGUUUAAAGAACAACUGAGUGACAUGUCAAAAACAAUUGAAAAAAAAAUCAUAACUCUUGCACAGAACCUCCCGUAUGCAAUGUUGAAUUGGGAUUUAACUGAAUGGUAGUUGUAGGCCAGAUAUGAGAUUUUGUUUUUCAGCAGGCAUCAUUUUUAAAGGUCACAUGUGUCACUUUCAGUGUUUGUGAUGAGUUAGCUCAAGUGUGAUACUGCGCACUUCUGGAAGACCACUGAAUGCACGACAGUGUCCAUGAAAGUCCUUUUGGUGAUGUGCCUUCGAAAAACAACAUGUACCGAGAUUGUACAUUGUGAUUAGAGACUACGGACACAGCUUGUGUUGUCUUGGAGCUUCGGAACACUAAGCUAGUGAGUGACCACCUAUAACAGGUUGAUCGCAACUGGAAUCACCAAGGUAGUCCAGAUCUGAUGCAUCAACAGUCCAGUCACAAUGAGAGGGUGGAAGACAGAGGAAAUUGAUAUCAGAAAGAAUAGAAUGAUUCUUGUGGUGCUGUGCGAUCGUCAACCCCCCUUCCUUCAACCAAAUGUCACCAACUGAGCCAGCCAAUGGGCUGCCAAGUCAAAACAUGUCAGCUCUUGUGAGCGCUGAGAGAGGGCUGCCUAAAAGCCCUCAGCACUGAAAUCCAUCAGUGUGUUACUUGUGUACGUGUGUGUUAGCAUGUUUGGAACAGCCCAAAAUGAACAGCAUGACGGCGAUUGAGGUUGUCUGUGUGAUGAGAGCUGCCAGAAAAGGGAGUGGGGAGAGUUAAGUUGGGGUGGAUGCAAGAUGGCACUCCAGACGUAAGGCUAAGAGGAGAGGGUGCACACAGGGACAGGGACACACUGGGACAUUCCUGCUGUUCCUCAAGUUCUCUACAGAUAGUAUAUAAGAAGAAACGAAACCCUCACUUCAUAAUUAUAAAAAGAUAUUCCUGCCAAAUAAUUUGUCACUUUGAUUCAUCUGCACUCACUCUUAAGAGUUGUUUGAGAGGGUGUCUCAUGUAAUUCCAUAAUAGCUUUACAUAUAAAUGUAGAUUUCUAUUUUAGUGGAUGUAUUCUCUUGUUUACCCCCAACCCCCCUGUCAUUGUCAGAUUAGAAUGUGUCCUCCAUGGUGGAGUCUGGAGUGUCUUUCCUGAGCUUUUGCUGUUGUCCUGUGUCAAGUGGAGAAAGAGCAGAGAUCUGUGCACGAGUGUGAGCUCUCCUCUACUGGGGCAGGGCUAGAGAUUCUAAGGGCAGGGGAAGGGAAGACAGGGUGGACAGGAAAACACUGAGCAGGGAGUGUUCUGUGCCCGAGACCUGUGAAUAUGUUUCCUUUAGAAAGAUGUGUAAUAUGCAUACAGAAGAUGUGUUAUAUUAUAUAAGUUCUUUUUUGUGUACACAUUAAGUACCUGGUGCUAGCUACAUUUUCUAGCACACACUUGAAGGUAUUGUGUAUUCUUUCAUUGUAAUAUAAGUAAUUAAAAUGUUUUAUACA